UGCUCAACAUGUUCGAUUUCCUGUCCAAAGUGGCUGUCUGCAUAAACAUUUCCUCUUCCUUUUGUGCACUCCUAAAGCCUCAUCAGUUGCAUUUUAGGACUCAGAUUGCGUUUUCUAGUUAGUGUUUUAUCUCACUUUCGUCCACAAUCAUGAGUGAAACUGAGGAAUUGGCAUCAAAGCUGGCCAGAAGGAAUCAAAUCAAUGAAGGGGAAACUCCUCCACCAGCAGAUUGUGCUAAGAAGCCCUUCAAUCCAUAUGUGGAGUUUCCUAACUUCUCCAGAAAAGAAAUCAAGAGAAUAGAAAAGUUAUUCAAGUCCGUUUUUGAGAGAAAGAGGAUGGAGGCACGGUCAGACCCUGACGUUGACGAUGCUGAGUUUGAUGAUGAUAGAAAUAAUUUCCUCGACAUGCUCGAGUUGAAACGGUUAAUGGAGAAGCUGGGCUCGCCACAGACGCAUCUCGGUCUCAAGGCGAUGAUAAAGGAGGUCGAUGAGGAUGAGGAUGGCAUGAUCAGUUUUAGAGAGUUUUGUUUAGUUUAUAAAAAAGCUCAAGAUGGUGAAUUAGAAUGCGAAGGGUUAAAAGAGUUGUGUGCCAAAACAGAGGUUGACGUGGACGAGGUUGGCGUCGGUGGAGCCAAGGAUUUCUUUGAGGCUAAGAUUAAACAACAAACAAUAGGAAAUAAAUUUGAGGAGGAAAUAAAACAGGAGCAGGAGGAAAGGAAGCAGGAAGCGGAGGAGGCAAAAAUACGGAAACAAGCUUUCAAAGAAAAGGCUGCACUAUUCAAUUGAUCGAUACCUGUAUGUGACAGACUAAGAUUCAAUCCAGCGUCAUUCUAGGGUUGCCGAUCAUGGGCAGAUGUUAUUUUCGAUGAAGAAAUAUCACCCCUCAGGUACUGCUUCAUUGAAAAAGACAGAAUCAGUUCUUUUUGAAGAUAAGUGGCUUCUGGAUUGAUUCCCAUAGCUCAGCAUUUGGUGAUUAAAAGGAGGAAUUGCUUUAAGUCUAUAGCCUAUAUAACAUUUUAAAAUGAGGUUGUUGUACAAAAAAUGAUAACAAAGAGCAUUACGAUAUGUUCUGUAAUUGAGGGUUGAUCUAUAUGCAGAAAUUUAUGAUGUAUCUUUAAAAGAAAAGUAGAGAGAUUGCAUUACGUCCUGUCUCUCCUUCGAGGUCCUUUGAGUAGGACAGGAAUAAACAACGACAACUGAUGAUGUAAUACACAGAAAGGGAAUUCACCUCGGAUGGGAGUGAGAAUGUUGCGCAAUCACUGUACCAGUAAAUCUUAUCCAGGAAUAGAAUGUGGUUAGCAGAACAGAUUGAAGCUCUUGAUUGAUAUCAACUGUUAAGGAUUUUUUAGAGUGUAAAUAUAUGAAUGUUUUAUAAUCAGGGUCUAUAAUUAUUGCAUGCCACAUUCUUGGCAAUAAAUUUUGUUCUCGGGAGGAUGCUACAGAAGUUAUGGAUGCUGUAAGCCACAUGAUAUCGCCAUUUGCACCAUGGGACUAUGUCAAUUUAGAGUAUGCAAUAGGCCUAGUGGUCACUGAGAAAAACAUUGUUUUUCCAAUAUGAUUAUUUUGCAGCAGUGUGAUUUACUUUGUGCCUUCACAAUCAGCUAUGAACACUUUGUUAAAAGUUAUAUGUAUUGUCUGUAACAAUACAUGUACAUUGAAAUCUAUACACAGCUGGCACAGAAUAGCACUUUUUUUGAAACACCCUGUAUAUUUUUUUAAAUGUUUGCUGUGUCCUGUUACUUCUAAGUGUUAAUUGUUGAUAUAAUUGAUGUUAUUAAUCAUGUAUGUGAUAUUGUUUACAAGCUGCCACCUCAUUAUGAAAGGGACAGUGGUUACAUUGAAUUAAUGCAAGAAUAUAUCAAUGGACAUCUUUUACUCCCCUCUUCAAUUAGCUAACGACACAGUCAUGCCAAAAAAUGUUUAAAGGGGAACGCCGCUCGUAAUUACUUGUGGUCCAGUUAAAUAGGAAUCCACUGAUAUACAAUGCCGUAGUGCAGUUAUUGUGAAUACAAAUUUGUUUAAACUUGGUAUUCAUAGUAUUUGUAUAUCAGUCUAUACACAACGGCAAUGUUGAAAUUUAUAUUCAGCAUGUAUUUUCGCAAUUGGACAUUUUCAAAAUUCAAUUACAAAUUCAAAUUUUUUUAUGAACUGCGUACCCCUUUAAGUAUAGGGUUAAUUUGUCAGCCAUUGAAUGAACACAGCUGAAAUAGGCUUGUUCGCCGUGACAUGUCUUAUGGCAGGAUAGUCCUGAUCGAAUGUCGUCGCUUUAUCAUAUUUAGAGGUUAUCGUGUGUUGAAUCCUUGAGGAGGGGGUGUACGAGAGUGACAUUGAUAUGUGCCUGAAUUAAGACAGUGAUGGAACUAGGUUGAUAUAUAGUAGUUGCUACAAGGCAUUAGAUGAGAGUAGUGAGUAGUGUAGUUCUGGCAAAGCUCAAAAUAAGUGUGAUAUCCCCGGUUGAAGCUCAAGCUCAAUGCUAGGGUCUUGUUGCUUGUGGUGCCAAUAUGCAGGAAGAAUAGAUCAGACUUCCCUGUAGUCCAGGUAACCUCGACCCUAUCCGCCACGCUGCUGAGGGUCCCUAUCCGCCGAGCAGCUGAGGGUCCAGGAGGCCUCGUUGAUUUACCCGAGGCAAGCCAUACAUUUUCAGUGCAUAGAGUGGAUGCACUGCCAUAAUACCCAACGGUCCGGUAUUCCUGAUUAUUCACUUGGCACGAGGUUACCCAUCUUUGUGAAAAACACGUGACCGGACACCGGAAGCCGACGCCCCAAAUCUAGUUCAUGACGAGUGAAAUGCCGCCAAGUACCAGUCACUGUAAUGAGUGAAUGGAGGAGACAGGUGAAAGAGUCUAGCCUCCCUGCUAAACCUAUGAUAAAAAAUCCAACAUAUUGCAUGCACAGUACCUGCCUGUUGGUCGCACUUUUCAGAACGUCCAUCUUCAAAACGCAGAGGAUAUUAGUCAGAAUCUGUGGGGAGAAAUUAUUAAGAUCCGCCGUUUGGACCUCGCUGCUAUGUUGCGGCAACUUUCAGCAAUGUAACCCACCGCAUGUGAUAGCCACCCACCGCAAGUGAUAGGCAGUUAAUUUUGAGACACAAUGCCCAGAUUAGAGUUUCAUUUAUUGCAAUCACAGUUGUGAUCUCUCACGAACAACGCUUACUUUAGUGACAGAGUGGUGCAGCACGGCUGAUGACGUAGUAGGGAAGGUCCAAGUCCUCUUUCAGAAUCGUACAAACUUUGUUUCUUAGUCCGUCUCACCUGCUGUAAUUGUAUCACAAUCUUUUAUCAGGUUAUGAUUUCACAGUAUUUGCAUUAAAAAUGCUUGAACUUUAUUUGCAUAAAGAGGUUAAAGGCAUUCUCCAUUCCCUCGAAUUUUGAAAUUUGAAAUUGAAUUUGAUAUGUUUCAAAUAUGGAAAAUACACGUUCAAAUUUCAACUUUGAUGUUUUGUACACCGAUGUAUACUCUAUAAGUCAAUUUAUAUCACAGUAACAUGUCAGGCUGUUUCUGUUCACUUCUACUACAAGUGAACAACCUGACUCACACUUUGCCCAGCGAAUUUCCUCUGAAUUUCAGUAUGUCUUUUCAAAACAUCGAUUCUUAGGUUGUGUAUUUUUGCAGUAUUUACAUCUCUCUUGACAAUAUUAGAACAGCGUUAACUUUUCUGUGAUCUGCGUUUCUUUUCACACAUUUCAUGAGAAAUGUAGUUGUAAACACCCACCCAAGUCUUUUGGUGCUCGUAUUCUCAUGAUAGUCCUCGCAGGUGCGCAUUGAACAAAUAUGCAAGUUUUUUGUAUGGUGCAGUUAUGUAUGUGUGAAUACUAUCUUGGUGGCAGGUUUGAAUUAUUUCAUAUAUUAUUGACAUUUUAGACUCAUAAGAAAAAAUUGAUGCAUGAGAGGCAACAGUCAGAGAAUGGUUCAGUUUUAGGUUAGAAUUUAAGUAAACUUCUGCAAUGGUGCAAAAAUGGUUGCCAACAAAGUUGUUGAUUUGUAGUGAAAAUAUUUCAUUUAUACAAAUUUUGUGUUCAAUAGAAAAUGAGCUCAUGGUAUACAGAAUGGGUUGUAUAGUUGGUUAGGUUGUCGGAUAGUUGACUGGCUUUAUUGAAAUUGAUUCAAUUUGCUCAGCUGACCGAGACUUUCAAUUUCCAAAAAUUCGGAUGCAGUUGUAAUUUUUGUAGUUAUGUUAUAUUUUGUGUAAUUUGGCAUCAAGUUCAAUUGCUGAGACAAUUUUUAAAGAGAAUCAAAACUUUUUUUGUGGAAACUUAUCGAUAUAGUUUUAUCCAUCACAGCAGUUGACAAUGUUGGAUUACCAUGAAAGCUUUGGUAAAGCUAGACAAUAUUAUGCUGUUUAAAAGUUUUACAAAACACUUUGAUCAAUUAGAACUUUUCAAAGGGGAUUUCAUACGACCAGUGCUUAAACCUACUUUCUACAUUUUCUCGGGCGGUGAAAAUGCACAUUCUCAUUUCCUGUUUAUAAGUCCGGCGCAGAUCAAUUAGCCAGACUCGCCCUGAUGAAAUAUGGACAUAAGGCCCGCAAUGGGCUUCCAUUCAAAACUCGCGUAAGGCUUGAUGACGCAUUAUUGCGCGUGAUGGCCAUUAUAUUGAUCAAACGAAACUCACUUAAAGGAAUCAACACAACUCUGGUUGGUCUCUGUAAUAUGAAAAUCGAAAGCGGGAGCGAAAAACAAUAAUGAGGUGCUUUUACCAAAGGUUUGGAGUGGAAUUUCAGCUUGGGGUGGAUUUUUUUUGUCAUUUUGAUCACACCCAAAAUCAAACACGUUCUCCACAUGUAACAUACUGGAAAGUCUCUUCAGUUGCGGCUUCGAUUGGUCGAGAUCAACGUGCACCAUGAUUGCACCGUAUAUAUCUCGAUUGAAAAAUCAAGUUGGCUGGUGUUGAGGCCCCUGUGUAUCAAUCAAUGCUUGCAACAUUGCAAUCAAGGUGUGUUAGAAUGUUCUAUCACUUAUAUUAGUCAUGUCCCCAAAUACUGUAACCAAGAGAAGUGUUGCAAGAAUUUUGAUUUCGUCUGUGCAGGCCGAGCUCUUCCACAAAAUGUAAACUUGUCUGUAUAUCAUGCAUUACAGCUCCUGUAGUUUGGCAAAAUAAUCACAGACAAGUUUUGUGAUUAAAGGCAGGCAACUGCAUAUGAAACACGUUGAACAUUUUUUCCAGGUUGCAAUACUUUCGGGCGUACUUGUGUAUCACUGAUGAUAUAAGGUGGAACGAAUUAUAGCCCAUCACAUCGAUUUAGUUCACAGAUGCUCUACACUCUUACGCAGUGGUGACUUGCGUUUGUCCAUGGCAGUCAAAUUUUCAGGAGUGUAGACUUGUCCUUGUAUGUUUUACUAUUUUUGUCCUUUCUAUACAUUAUUUUAUUCAAGAAUAAUAACGCUCACUUGGUUAUGCACCCUAGUAUAGUCUGUACGCUAUACAAGUACAUUUAGUAUUCAUGAAAAAAAGGUUUACCAGUGUAAUUUUGACACAGUAAUGCUUUGACACAUUUGAGGACAUUACAGUGGGUAACUUUCUCAAAGCAACGCAUCAUCCCCAUGACAGAUCGAGAGACAACGACAGUUUGAGACAUCCUUGAUAUUUGUUUGAUUGAGCGAGAUGUUUAUUCUUAUUGUAAGUUCAGGUUGACAGAAUAUUCCGAGCUUUUCAAUUUCAUUAGACAUCGAUGUGGGUCCUCCACAAGAAAUGACUAAAGGUGCAUCUAUGUUAAUAACCUGUGUUUCAAUUUGUACACAUCAUAUUCUAUAUUAUUAUAUAUACCAGAAAUAAACAGAGUUUAUGGGAA